AAAAUUAUACUCAAGCUUGUCCUCGAGGUUAGCAUUUAUCACAUGUAGUAACACAUACGGUGUCGCCAUUCACGCACUUUAUUUCGGAGACUUAGCGGCAAAAACAUUUGCUCAAACAUUUUUUUUUUUUUUUUGGCGGGUAUAUUGUAACUUAUCUUACCUGGCUUCUACCCGAAUUCGCGCCAUCAUUCACAUUUCAGUGCUCCGCCACUCCGCACGUGAAAAAUUACGCCGCGAAUAAACGAAAUAAUCAUGGUCAAACGUACACGUACGAAUUCAAAUGAUUAUGAGUGCAUUGCGAGAAAAGUUAAAAAACUCGAACGCAUGUUAAUUCGUGCACGGCGUAAACGUAGUGAUCGACAAGGAUCUGCCGCAUCGCUGUCGCCGUCUUCCGGAUCACAAUCGUCGUCGUCCAGUUCAUCUUCGUCACGGUCCAGGUCAGCUUCACCGCGCCCGCGGCACCGCGCACCCUCAAGACCUCGUUCGUCGCAGGAGCCGAUAAUCAUUGAAGACGUGCCCGACAACGAACAGGAAUCCAGUGUAAGGGUCAUCCACCCCGCGCCCGUCCGGCCAACGGAAAGAUUGGCCACACCUCUUCAGAUGCGCGCAGCAGAGAGCCCAGCAGCGCCUGCUCCACCGCUGACGAGAAGGUCUGCGCCUGCUUUACUUUCGACAAGCGCCGAGCCAGCCCCGACCCCACAAUUAUGCGUCGCUCAGGAGCAACCGAGAUAUUCACCAAAAGAUUACCCUGGUUGCAGGGAUCUUAUCAGGACGUCGAUGAUGAAGAAAUUUGUACCAGAAUCUGCAAUAUGCAUUAUGCUGGCCUCUCUGUCAAAUAGCUCACUAAAACAAUAUGAUUCUUGUCUCAAGAAAUGGUUUUCUUUUUGUAUUAAUAAUCAAGUAGAUGUUUACCAAGCAUCUGUUCCAAAUGUGAUUUCUUUUUUAACUGAUUUGUACCACUCUGGUGCUCAAUAUGGAACACUAAAUAGUUGCCGGUCUGCUCUUUCAUUAAUCUUAGGUGCAGACAUAGGCAAUGAUAAUCGUAUGAAACGUUUUUUCAAAGGCAUAUUUCGCUUACGUCCACCUUUACCAAAAUAUAGCAUGACCUGGGACACAUCUGUAGUUCUGAACUCUCUUGCAAAUUGGUAUCCAAAUGCAACUCUUAAUUUAGAAAAAAUAUCGAAAAAACUUGUAACGCUUCUAGCUUUAACAACAGCACAUCGAGUUCAGACUCUUUCCAAAAUUAACAUUAAGAACAUUGAGUUUCAUGUCAAUGAAAUUCAUAUAAAAAUUCCAGAUUUAAUAAAAACUUCGCGCGUUGGUGUUGCACAACCAACUCUUGUUUUACCAUAUUUCCGAGAAAGGCCGGAAAUAUGUCCAUGUGCUGCUUUACAUUCUUAUUUAGAUGUGACAAAAACUCUUCGUAGUAGUGAUGUCCUAUUUGUAAGCUUGAAUAAACCACACAGAGCAAUAACUUCCCAAACCUUAAGUAGGUGGAUUAAGAAUACUUUGCAAGAAUGUGGUGUUGAUAUAUCAAUAUUUACAGCCCACAGCACAAGACAUGCUGCGACGUCUAGGGCUCAUAGAUUAGGAGUCAAUUUAGAUGUAAUAAGGAAAACUGCUGGGUGGAGUGGUACCUCCAGCACGUUUGGACGCUUUUAUAAUAGAAUUAUUGUUAAAAAUAUCAAUUCCUGUACCUUGGCAAGAAGUAUAUUAAAUGAUUCAUUGUGUGACAAUUAACAAGGUGAUAAAAUAUUGUUUAAUUAUUUUCUGUUUGAUCUUACAGUUGUCCAUAAUUGGACUAAGAAUACAUUCUCUUUAUACUGAUUAACCUGACGUUUUUUCAUUCCAAGUAUCAUUCCUCUCAACAUCUACAUGUGAUAAAUGCUAACCUCGAGGACAAGCUUGAGUAUAAUUAAUGAUUAAACGAACUUACCUGAAGUGAAGUUCGAUCAUAAUUAUACGAUUAGCUUGUCCGAAGAGGUUAGCAUCCCACCCUCCCUAGGUAAACCCCUAGAGAAUUGAAAAGAAGGAGUGAAGAUUGCCUCUGAACUAAAUGAUGGCGCGAAUUCGGGUAGAAGCCAGGUAAGAUAAGUUACAAUAUACCCGCCAAAAAAAAAAAAAAAUGUUUGAGCAAAUGUUUUUGCCGCUAAGUCUCCGAAAUAAAGUGCGUGAAUGGCGACACCGUAUGUGUUACUACAUGUGAUAAAUGCUAACCUCUUCGGACAAGCUAAUCGUAUAAUUAUGAUCGAACUUCACUUCAGGUAAGUUCGUUUAAUCAUUAA